UCCACUGACCAAAGUGAAUACGUAAGCUGCAACUGUACGACUCAGUACUUUUGCAGCUACAUUCACUUUCAUUGCAUACUGCAAUAUGGGUUUCAAGUAAAUCUCCUUGAUUUUGCAAAGACUUCUGAGCACCAUAUUUUUGGAUUUGUCUAUUUCGUAAGCUUUAACCACAUGUUCAAAUUUCGCUAUUUUGGUAACUGUGGUUUCACCAAUUUUCAGCGGAAUUUGGACAUUAUGCUUACGAAACAGAGAAUAUGAGCAUUUUAACAGAUGUAGUGGGUCGAACAUGCAAAAAACUUUUUUUUCUUCAAAGAAGAAAAAAGGUGUCUCCAUGGUAGCACCAAGUUCUUUCACGCACCUCACAUUGCUGGGACCCAUAUCGCAGAUUGUAGCAACAACAUCCACUUUGGCCAUGUGCUUUGCUGCAGAGAGGACUGUUAAGAGACAAUCUUUCAACUCUGCAGCAUUACAACCCCUGUGGCUGAAAAAAAAUGCCACUGGUUGCUUCCAAUUUUUGCCCAACCCUACCAGCAUAAAUACCAAUGCUUUGGUGGCAAGCCUUUUACUGAAGCUGAAUCCUCCAAAAUCUUCAAAACCAAGAAUUUUAUCUUCCCCACUAUCGUACUGGACAGCUUCUUUAAUGUCCAUCUCAUCAAAAAGAAGGACACAGCAUCUUUCUUUACCUUGGGGAAGAUUUUGAUCAAUUUGGUCAAAAAUAUUUUGGUUUAUGCCAACUUUGAAAGGAACCUUCUUCAGCAAAUUAAGAAUGGUAUUUUUGCAUGGUAGGGAUGCAAAUUUUCGGAGGAGAUUGUAGCAACGUGGACUCCUCUUGAAGAGAGAUAGUGCCAAUAUU